CAGACUCCGGAAAAAUAAUAAACAAAAGGAGCAAUGAAUCUUUUCCAUCGAAGUUGCCCGAUAAUGUGUCGUAUUUUAUCUUUGAUUGUUUAAGUGUUUACACGCGUGAAACAACACCGUGAGGGCACUGCUGUCCCAUGUUACGUGAAUGUUCUAUCUUGGGAGAAGAUCACAAUGCCAUUGAACCCGUCGCAGCCGGUACGAUUUUAUGGAGGAAUGAGAGUUCGCCCACCACGUACAAAGACAGAGGCAGUAGUAUUCGCGGUAAUGGCUAAUCCCGAAGUUCUUCGAAUUAACGGCAAAAACGCUCAAGAUCCAAAGAAGCGUUCCAGCUUGAUAGAACUUUUACUAGACUUUGUGGAAAAGAUGAAUACAGGCAUAGUGUUUAUGCGGCAGUAUACAAUACUGAAAGAUCGGGAUAUUACCGGUGAAUUGAAAGAAGUUUGGAACGCGGUGCAAGCGAGGCGAGAUAUGGAGCAACCGCCACCGCAGCAAGAAACAUGGAUCGACGCGCAGCCACCCGUUCCUCAGUAUCCUCAAUAUCAGGAUCAUCAGCAGCAAGAUUACACGUCGCAACCUCCGCAGUAUCACUCGAGUAUAGCAUACGGCAGGGCAAUAAGUAACGAAGCCAUGCAUUACGAAGGCUAUGGUCACCAACCUCAGAAUCCAGUAAUUACGCAAAACGAUCAGAUGUAUCAAUCCGGGCAAUUAAUACCACAACAAUAUCAUGGAAACGUACCUCGGAUCACGCCGAUUGCUUCCAGAGAUCGUCGAGAUAACAUGGUGCAGAAUAUUCCGCAACAAAACUGCCCUGCAUAUCCAGGGGUGCAGCCACAAUAUCAAUUUCAGCAGUUACCAAGGCAAAUGGUACCUCAGUACGUAAAUUCGAACGUUCAUCCUAACACCGGCCUUAAUUACGGGCCAGCCACGAACGCCAAUGUUAAUCCAGCUAUGAAUACGAAUUUAGCAGCACCUUUCCAACAGUAUAUAACUUACCAGCAGCGAAUGGACAACGCGAUGCACAUUGAUAUGCGCAGAAUGCAACCGCAACAGCAGCAGAUCAUGUGCAAUCAUGUACAACCGAUUCCACAGUAUGAGCCCGCAGCGUCGUACAAUAUUCAAACGACUUCAUCGAUUAACGUUGUUAGACUAGGUAGGCCGCAUAUGGGUGUCGCGCAGAAGAAUAACGCCAGUAAGAGGCAAAUGAAUUCUAUUCAUUCCAAACAAUCUUCCUGUACAAAUUGUCAGAACAAGGACGCGUCCGAGAAUGGCGCGAAACCGAAGAGUCCUGUGAAGGUGUUGCAGCGCGAGAUGCCGUCGAACGAUCGGCAAGAUGCAAAUCAUCAUAUACUCAAUGAUAAUAAUAAAGUCGCAGAGAAGGAUCCUUCGGUGGACGAAACGAAGAACGUGCAAGUAACGGAUUUAGACGAGGAGGUUAAGAAGAACAAUGAAUCCGAUAGCCAGGAGCUAUCUAGGAAACCAAAUGAUACUCACACUUCAGAAUCAACGGCAGCGAAUACGACGAAUUCUGUCGAAGACAGUACGCCUGCUUCUCCAGAGGAGAAGCAACAAGAGAUGAAAAGUACGGACGUUCCAAACGGACAAAGUUCAUCCGAUCAGAAAUAUUCAAAGUCGAAAGUCACGGUCGCGAAAGGGAACAAGCACAAGGAAAAUACGGAGAAUAACAGAACGAGUCGGAUUGGAUUCGUUUCUGAUCAAAAGAACGACAGCUCGAAACGUUCUCAGACGGUUAACAGCAUCAUCAAGAGUGUAUUUAAGAUUCACCCCGGCAUGUCCGGCGAAGAAAUAUCAAACAAGCGAAAAACAAAUGGACAAUCGAAGAAUAAUAAUUCUAAAAUUAAUGGCGAGAACGAUGAGAUACAACCGGCAUAUAUGAUAUUGAAGAAAGCAGACUCAACCACUCAAGAUGAAAUAACAAGCGAGUUAGCCCAACUGUCCAUUCAAGACUGCAAAGAUGCGACCGAGGUUGGUCCCGUGCUCUCGUGAUAGUCCAGUUUGUAGCUGGUACCAGGUGCUAGCUUCCAGCUAAACAGCAAUCAAUACAAUGUAAAUAGAUAGAUGAUUAAUCGAUUAAAGAAAAAAAAGAGAAGAAGAAGAAGAAGAAGAAGAAGAAAAGUCAGAAU